AUGAAGGCAGUCAUAGUAGAGAGCAAAGGUGGGCCCGCCAUGAUUGUCAAUGACCGUCCCGAGCCGCGACUUCGUUCUCGUGGCUACCUUCUGGUCCGCACCAAGGCAGUCGCCCUCAACCCAGCCGACGUAGCAGUUCUCGACUACGCCAUGGCUCCCGAAGGAUGCCUUCUAGGCUUCGACUAUGCCGGCAUUGUCGAAAAAGUCGGUCCUGGAGUCAUCAGAGACUUCAAAGUCGGCGAUCGUGUCUGCGGUCCUUCUAGAGCUGGAGACCCGUUUGACAAGGAAGCUGGCACAUUCGCCGAGGCGAUCUGUGUGAAGGCUGAUCUCGCUAUCAAGAUCCCGAAGGGCAUGACGUUUGAGGAGGCCUGCACGACGGGUGUGAUUGUUGUGACCACGGGAAGGUGUUUGUAUCAGAAGUUCAACCUUCCAUGGCCGAUUGGCGACAAAGUAAAGCCGAAGCCCCAGGGAAAGAUUCUGAUAUAUGGCGGUAGCUCUUCUAUGGGCACUGUCCUCAUCCAACUCGCCAAACUCUCCGGCUACGAAGUCAUCACCACCUGCUCACCAGCCGACUUCUCCCUCGUCAGAUCCUCCGGCGCAGACCACGUCUUCGACUAUAAUGACCCAGCGUGUACACAAGAGAUCAACAACAUCACCGGCGGCAAUCUCAAACUCUGCGUCGACUGUAUCUCCACCGAUGCAGCCGCCACUCUUUGCGCAGAGGCGCUGAGCCCAGGAGCAAAGUGCUCGAACAUCCUCCUGGCGAAGUGUCCCAGAGAUGAUGUGGAGAGUCUCACCACACUGGAUUAUUCGUCUUUGGGUGAGGAGUGGGAGCAGUUCGGGAUCGUGAACUCUGCGAGUAAGGAAGAUUUCGAGCACUCGAAGAGCUUCGCAGAGCUGGCAGAGGAGCUGCUGAAUGAUGCCAAGAUCCGACCACAUCCCAUCGAGAAGCGUGAGGGCGGUCUAGACGCCAUCCUGCAAGGCCCCCAAGACCUCCGAGCAAAGCGAGUCAGCGGGAAGGAACUCGUCUUCACCCUGUGA